UUUCACAUGUGGCUGUGGUGCAGAAUUGCUUUUGUUCAGUUUAUAUUGCUUUUAGAUCCCAAUUUAUAAAAUUGCCAAAGGAAGGGAAUUAUCUGGAAGUUAUUCUGUAAUCAAUUUUAUACAUUCAGAGGUGGAAAUGGCAGCCUCCAUGAUGACCACUCUCCCUCAAUUCAAUGGGCUGAAGCCUCAGUUGCCUAUUGCUUCUGAAAAAUCCCUGGUAGCAGUUCAACCCAUGAGGCGCAAGGGAAAUGGAGCUUUGGGUGCUCGCAUGGAUUUCAUUGGUUCACCAACAAAUUUGAUAAUGGUGACUUCUACAAGUCUAAUGCUAUUUGCUGGAAGAUUUGGGUUGGCACCAUCAGCAAACAGGAAGGCAACUGCAGGAUUGAAGCUUGAAGUCAGGGACUCUGGCUUGCAAACUGGUGACCCAGCUGGUUUCACUCUUGCCGAUACCUUGGCUUGUGGUACUGUUGGCCACAUAAUUGGUGUUGGGGUUGUUCUUGGCCUUAAAAACAUUGGUGCUCUCUGAAAAAAAAAAUUGAAAAAAGAAAAGAAGAAAAAAGACAUUUUAGCCCCUCAAUUUUAUUAUCCUCUUAAUCCUUGAUUUGUGCCAACUACUUGUAAAUGUUCUUUUUCCACCUCGUAAUCUUAAAGAAGGAUCAGCAAAAUUUUGAGA